AUGAAGAAUGUGCUCUACCGCUGGGCUCCUCCCCUGCGCGUCUUGUUUUGCGAAAGGAAGACCUGCAGAGCACGUCUGCCAUUGAUAGCAGGAGUGCAGCAACAUCUGUUCACAAGACAACGACGCAGCACCCAAAGUCUAGUACACGACAUCGACAGUCUUGAUCAGUUUGAUGAAGAAUUCAUCCACCGCCGGUCAGAAGCCACUUGCUCCACCAUGGGGAACCGGUACGAACUCUUUCCCGUGUCGCAGGUGACUGUUCCGGCUCUUACCUUGGACCAGCCCUUCUUGAAAUACGGCUUGCUGACGUUGGCAGCGAUGCACAUCCGCUUCACGCCUCCACUUCCUCUGCAGUCCAAGUACCUCGACAUCGCAAGUCAACGCCAGGAUCGAGCGCUGGAGGGUUAUAUUCCACUCCUUGAGCAUAUCUCGGCGGCGAAUUGUCACGCCCUGCAAUGUAUUUAG